UCGCGCAAAGUUGCGGAAAAUGUUUAUAAACAACGGCGUCUAACACGUGAUUAUCACAGAUGCCUUUUAUUGGUUGUAAUUGAUAGUUAAUCAAUGGAAUAUUGAAUUCCUAGUUGACAAUCUAACAGUCGAGCUGAUAAUACCACCUAUAUAAGAGCCAGCUACCAUAUAAUUCUGCAGCCUAUUAACUGAGGAUCGGCAACGUUGAAGACCCUCAACUUAAAAACGAUCGUUCGCAAUCUAGAAGUAUAAAUGCUACCGGAUUUUUCCCUAUUUGUCCAAACGGCCCGCUUGAUGCGCCAUGGUCUACAACAACGUACCACCACAACACUACACUCGAAGGCCUCACCAGCUGUGAUGCCGGAAAUACAAACCGAAAUACCCGAAUGCGACUACCAAGCACCACAAUAUGCGGGACCAAGUUACGAAAAGGUGCUGGAGAUACGACAGAAGCAUAUUACACCGAACAUUGUGCCACAUUUCAAGAAACCGCUCUUGAUACACAGCGGCCGCAUGCAGUGGCUGUUCGAUCAUGAGGGUCGUCGUUACUUGGAUAUGUUUGGCGGUAUUGUGACAGUUUCCGUGGGUCAUUGUCAUCCCAAAGUGAAUCGCGCGCUGGAGCAACAGAUCAACACACUCUGGCAUACAACGAACAUUUAUUUGCAUCCGAAGAUACACGAGUACGCCGAACGUUUGGCCGCCAAGUUCCCCGGCGAUCUUAAAGCGGUGUGCUUUGUGAACUCCGGCUCGGAGGCCAACGAUCUCGCCAUGCUUAUGGCGCGCAUGCACACCGGCAAUCAGGAUAUCAUCACAUUCCGCAAUGCCUAUCACGGCAUGUCACCGUACACCAUGGGUCUGACGGCGCUCUCGACUUGGCGCUUCCCACUGCCUGGCGUCAAUAAUGGCAUACAGCAUGUUAUGAACCCCGAUCCGUAUUUGGGACUCUGGGGCGGCGCCGCAUGUCGUGAUUCGCCCAUACAAACGGAUCGUAAGUGCGAGUGUACGCAGGAGAGCGGCUGCCAGGCCGGCGCGCGGUACUACGAGCAAUUGGAGGAAGUUUUCAAGUACUCAUUGCCGCGCGGACGUGUCGCCGCUAUGUUUGCCGAGUCCAUACAGGGUGUGGGCGGUACAGUGCAAUAUCCGAAAGGUUAUAUUAAAAAGGCGGCGGAAUUGGUACGCGCCAAUGGUGGUGUGUUCAUCGCAGAUGAGGUACAAACCGGUUUUGGACGUACCGGCGAUCACUUCUGGGGAUUUGAGGGCCAUGACUUUAUACCGGACAUUGUCACGAUGGCGAAGGGUAUCGGCAAUGGCUUCCCGCUCGCCGCUGUGGUGACCACACCCAAGAUUGCUGCAUCGCUGGGACAAGCGCUGCACUUCAAUACCUACGGCGGCAAUCCGAUGGCCAGCGCUGUUGGUAUUUCUGUCUUGGAUGUUAUCGAGGAGGAGAAACUACAGAAGAACUCACUGGAAGUGGGCUCGUACUUUCUCAAGAGCUUGUCGGAGUUGCGUGAACGUUUCGAGAUCAUCGGCGAUGUGCGCGGCAAAGGUUUGAUGAUCGGCGUUGAGUUGGUAUCCGAUCGUGCGACAAGAGCGCCACUUAGCGCGCCGCAUGUGUUGGAAAUCUGGGAGACCUGCAAGGAUAUGGGUGUGCUCUUUGGUCGUGGCGGUCUCAAUGGCAAUGUUUUCCGCAUUAAACCGCCCAUGUGCAUUACGAAAACGGAUGUCAAAUUCGCCGUGGACACUUUGGCAAACGCUAUAACUGCGGCGGCGAACAAAAAACUGUAGAAGAUGACUGGAAAGCUUAGAAGGAUUGCAUUUAUUUUGAAGAGUUUACUUAAACCAACGAUUCUCUUUUAAACUAUUUUUUUGUAGUUGUUAGUUAAGCCUUUUUUUCGCUUACGCUUAAAAUAUUAGUCAGUACGGUUCAAGUUCCAUUUUCUGCCUUCAAUUACCUCUUAAAUGUAAACUUUGCGGUUGUUUGUUGUUGUCCGAAGAGGCAACUUUUUUAGUCAGCUUUAUAUAUGACACAUAAGCUUUAGAUUUUUACUAUAUGGCAACUCUAAAGACUAAAUAUUGUUAUGUAAUUCUUUUUUACACUGAAAUAACUGUAUUUUUGUCAUGCAUUUAGACUUUUUAUAUAUUUUUUAUUUAGUUAACCGACAUUGUAACGAUUUUAGUAAUUUUUAUAUAGAUUUAUUAUGCAAUAUUUGAUAAUUGGUGAUUCAUUAUUAAAGUGGAAAUAUUAAAUAAAGGAACAUAAAUAUGUAAUUGGCUA